AUGCGGUAUCGCCUGUUUCUUGCAGCUCUGGCUGCUUGGUUCUCCCUCGUUCUCGCUCAGAAAUCCCCAGACUGCAAUGCCUUUGAUAAAACCUGCCAGUCGAACAAAGGUACCAUCAAAGGUCGUAUCAAAUACGACUUGACGGAGACGUCAGCUUUGAAUGACUGGACAGCAGUUGGGGGAGCAGUAGUCACUGGCCCUGAUGGCGCAGAGUUCACGAUCCACAAGCAAGGUGAUGCCCCGACAAUAGUAACAGACUACUACAUCUUCUAUGGCGAGGUAUCUGUUGAGAUGAAGGCUUCCCCCGGUACCGGCAUCGUCAGCUCUGUCUACAUGUUGUCAGACGCGAAUGAUGAGAUUGACUGGGAAACCCUGGGUGGGUUUACCGACAAGUUACAGACCGACUACUUCGGCAAAGGUGACACUAGUGAAGGUUACCAUCGCUGGACCUGGCAGUCUGUGACGACCCCGCAAAAAGAGUUCCAUCAGUACACUUGGAUUUGGUCCAAGGAAAAACUUUCAUGGGCGAUCGAUGGCACCGUUGUCCGGACCGUUGACUAUGCUGAUGCGAAAGGGGGCACUCGCUUCCCACAGACACCGAUGCGCGUGAGAAUUGGCAUCUGGGCAGGAGGUGAUCCGAGCAGAAUCAAGGGCACUAUCGACUGGGCUGGUGGCGAGACUGAUUACUCCAAGGCACCGUUCACGAUGUAUGUCAAAUCGGUUGAAAUCGUCAACUACACUCCGGCGGAGAGCUAUGUCUAUUCCGAUAAAUCUGGUUCUUCAGACAGCAUUGAGAUCAAUGGUGGCGUCCCCUCGGGGGAGACUUCAAGUUCGACCGGUUCUGGCACUUCGACGACUGCCGAUGUUGCCUCGUUGACUUCGUCUUCCGCGGGUUUAUCUACUGCGACCUCGUCCGUCGCUUUGAGUUCAGCCAAUCCAGAGACCAAAACCACUACUGACCUUGCUACAUCCUCCCCGUAUCUUGCGGCUUUGUCUUCUUUGGUCUCGUCUUCGAACAAUUCGGGUGCUGACAUUGAUUCUUUCAUUUCCGCCCCUGCCCUCCCGACGGCCUCAUUCACUAAGCCCCAAAGCACUGUCUUGCGUUCCAGUUCGACCUCAGCAGUGAGCUCCAUAAUCGCAACUAGCCAGGCUUCUCAUUCUAGCACUGGUGCUGUCGCUUCGGUCACCAGUUCUUUCAACUCCGCUUGUGCCCCGGGCUCGGGUUAUCUUGCCAUUCUAACACUGAUACUAGGAUUAGUUCAGGCGUAG